AUGAUUGAAGGUGUAUCUGUGUUUUCUGGACACAACAUCCCUAAAGGGUCUGGAAUCUACAGAGUGAUGAAUGAUGGCAGGACUGUUCUGACAGCAUCCAACAAGGAGAGGAAGCUUAUCCAGCGCAAGAUCAAUCCCCGAGACAUAAGGUGGACGACGACAAGCCGAGAGUUCUUUGGAAAAGAAUCCCAGUAUGUGGUUGAGAAAAUGAAUGUGCAAAAGGUAAAGAUUGUCCGUGGGUUCAGGCACAUUAGCGCUAGCUCGUUUGAAAAGGCCAGGCAAGCAGGAUCUUCAAAGAAAUGA